CAAUGACUUUUGAGUAUUCCAACUGGCAUUUCAGGGGUUAAAAGCCUCAAAAUGAUUGAAUUUUUUUUAUGUUUGAGCAGGGCUGAAGUUGUUCAACAGAUCUAUGAAAAAAAAAGUAAAAAAAAAAACAUUAAUGUAUACAUUUUUUAUAGCCACUUUUACAAGCGGAUGUUUUUGUCCUCUAAUGACUCUUGUAUGAAAAUUAAAGUGAAGCCUGAGGGUUAAGGCUCAUAUGAUUUAUAGAGGCUCAAAGUUCAGUUUCCAGUUGUAAAUACAUUUCAUUCUACUGUCAGUUUAAAGAAAUAAUACAACUGUUAUAUGUGUGAAAACACAGUUACAGCUGUCUGUAAUUCACAUAAUAUGUUUCUGUGUUUCCUACAGAUUUUCAACAGGUGGUUCUGGUUAAAGAAGAAGCUUCAGAAGAACAGAGUGCUCGUGUCAACCAUCAGCACCUAGAUUUUCUCCACAAAAAGGAGGAACAGGAGAAACUCUGGUCUAGUAUGGAGGGAGAACAUCUCCAUUUGAAUAAGGAGACUGAUGCUGCCAGGUUUCAAUCCUUUAGCCAUAAAACACAUUUAAACAAACACACGAGAGUCCAGACAAAGCAGAAACAUUUUGCCUGUGAGCACUGUGGACAAAGGUUUCACCAAAAGACUAAUUUAACCACACACAUGAGCGUCCACACAGGAGAGAAGCCCUUUUCUUGUGAGCUCUGUGGAACGAGAUUUAGCCAAAAGACAAAUUUAAACACACACAUGAGAGUCCACACAGGAGAGAAGCCCUUUCCUUGUGAGCUCUGUGGAACGAGAUUUAGCCAAAAGACAAAUUUAAACAGUCACAUGAGAGUCCACACAGGAGAGAAGCCCUUUCCUUGUGAGCUCUGUGGAACGAGAUUUAGCCGUCAGACAACUUUAAACAGUCACAUGAAAGUCCACACAGGAGAGAAGCCUUUCGCCUGUGAGCUCUGUGGUAAUACAUUUAGUGAAAAGGGAAAUUUAAUCACACACAUGAGCGUCCACACAGGAGAGAAGCCCUUUCCUUGUGAGCUCUGUGGAACGAGAUUUAGCCAAAAGACAAAUUUAAACAGUCACAUGAGAGUCCACACAGGAGAGAAGCCUUUCGCCUGUGAGCUCUGUGGAACGAGAUUUAGCCGUCAGACAACUUUAAACAGUCACAUGAAAGUCCACACAGGAGAGAAGCCUUUCGCCUGUGAGCUCUGUGGUAAUAGAUUUAGUGAAAAGGGAAAUUUAAACAAACACUUUAGAGUCCACACUGGAGAGAAGCCUUUCGCCUGUGAGCUCUGUGGUAAUACAUUUAGUGAGAAUGGAAAUUUAAACAAACACAUGAGAGUCCACACAGGAGAGAAGCCCUUUCCUUGUGAGCUCUGUGGAACGAGAUUUAGCCGUCAGAUAACUUUAAACAGUCACAUGAGAGUCCACACAGGACAGAAAUCUUUUGUAUGUGAGCUCUGUGGAACGAGAUUUAGCCGAAAGACAAACUUAACCACACACAUGAAAGUCCACACAGGAGAUAAGCCCUUUCCUUGUGAGCUCUGUGGAACGAGAUUCAGCCAAAAGUCAGCUUUAAACACACACAUGAGAGUCCACACAGGAGAUAAGGAAGAAGCUUCAGAAGAACAGAGUGCUCGUGUCAACCAUCAGCACCUAGAUUUUCUCCACAAAAAGGAGGAACAGGAGAAACUCUGGUCUAGUAUGGAGGGAGAACAUCUCCAUUUGAAUAAGGAGACUGAUGCUGCCAGGUUUCAAUCCUUUAGCCAUAAAACACAUUUAAACAAACACACGAGAGUCCAGACAAAGCAGAAACAUUUUGCCUGUGAGCACUGUGGACAAAGGUUUCACCAAAAGACUAAUUUAACCACACACAUGAGCGUCCACACAGGAGAGAAGCCCUUUUCUUGUGAGCUCUGUGGAACGAGAUUUAGCCAAAAGACAAAUUUAAACACACACAUGAGAGUCCACACAGGAGAGAAGCCCUUUCCUUGUGAGCUCUGUGGAACGAGAUUUAGCCAAAAGACAAAUUUAAACAGUCACAUGAGAGUCCACACAGGAGAGAAGCCCUUUCCUUGUGAGCUCUGUGGAACGAGAUUUAGCCGUCAGACAACUUUAAACAGUCACAUGAAAGUCCACACAGGAGAGAAGCCUUUCGCCUGUGAGCUCUGUGGUAAUACAUUUAGUGAAAAGGGAAAUUUAAUCACACACAUGAGCGUCCACACAGGAGAGAAGCCCUUUCCUUGUGAGCUCUGUGGAACGAGAUUUAGCCAAAAGACAAAUUUAAACAGUCACAUGAGAGUCCACACAGGAGAGAAGCCUUUCGCCUGUGAGCUCUGUGGAACGAGAUUUAGCCGUCAGACAACUUUAAACAGUCACAUGAAAGUCCACACAGGAGAGAAGCCUUUCGCCUGUGAGCUCUGUGGUAAUAGAUUUAGUGAAAAGGGAAAUUUAAACAAACACUUUAGAGUCCACACUGGAGAGAAGCCUUUCGCCUGUGAGCUCUGUGGUAAUACAUUUAGUGAGAAUGGAAAUUUAAACAAACACAUGAGAGUCCACACAGGAGAGAAGCCCUUUCCUUGUGAGCUCUGUGGAACGAGAUUUAGCCGUCAGAUAACUUUAAACAGUCACAUGAGAGUCCACACAGGACAGAAAUCUUUUGUAUGUGAGCUCUGUGGAACGAGAUUUAGCCGAAAGACAAACUUAACCACACACAUGAAAGUCCACACAGGAGAUAAGCCCUUUCCUUGUGAGCUCUGUGGAACGAGAUUCAGCCAAAAGUCAGCUUUAAACACACACAUGAGAGUCCACACAGGAGAUGAGCCCUUUCCUUGUGAGCUCUGUGGAACGAGAUUUAGCCAAAAGACAAACUUAAUCACACACAUGAGAGUCCACACAGGAGUUAAGCCCUUUCCUUGUGAGCUCUGUGUAAAAAGAUUUAGCCGAAAGUCCCAUUUACACAGUCACAUGAGAGUCCACACUGGCUUUUCGCCUGUGAGUUCGGUGGAAAAGAUUUACCCAAAAGAUCAGUUUAAACAGUCACAAAAGAGUCCAUAAAGGACAGAAGCCUUUCUCUUGUGAGCUCUGUGGACGAAGAUUUAGCUGAAAGAAAACUUUAAACAAUCAUCUAAGCAUCCACUAGGGCUGAACGAUCUAUUGAAGGGGUCUCCAACGUUUUUUGGCCCGUGAGCUACUUUUACACAAUGAAGUACAGCAGAGUUACUGCCAUAUGAUUUAUUUACAUUGAUACUUUCCAUGUGUGAAUGUGCUUAUGUUAAACAUGCUAUACUUACUAUAUUAACAUGCAUUGUACUCACAAGUCGAUUUCUCUGUAUUUCAGUACAUCAGUAUAUAUAUUUUAAAAGUAUAAGUAAACCAGUGACAUUCUGAAAACCAAAUUAAACAAAACAUAUUUAGUUUUUUUAAACUAAUCGGAUACUUUCAGAUAAUGAAUAACAAAUCUACUUCAUGUGAAUGAUUUGGUAAUUUUUUUAGAAGUUAGUGACAUAACUUUUUAAGCACACAGGAACAGCUAACCUGUAAAACUGAUGACAUGUUAAAUAAAAUACAAGCUAAAUGUGAUGAAAACACAAAAGUCUAAAUAGUUAGAAUUGAAGUAAAAAAUGUAAAAUCAAUAAUAAGACUUGUUCCUGCUCUCCUGAUGUACUGAAUAAUUUUUAUGGGUUUUUUUUUUGGUCAUGAAACUUAAGUUUUGCUGCGUUUAUUGCUGAUAAUAUGAAGGUUGGAGGUUUAUCCUUUUUUCUGCAUCUUGUAGGUUUUUUUCUCCGCACGUCUCUAAAUAAAGUAAAAUUUUCUAGUGCAGAGAGGAGACAACCCAUAGAAGCACUGAUUUGAUCUCAUUUCAGAGAAAAAUAUAACAGGUUAGAUGCACCUAAUAAAUAAAAUUAUAACAAACUCAGGAAUCUGUUUCUUUGCUUCACUGUUCUGGUGCUGAAAACAUCACUAAUGCGGAUCAAAGGAGAUACACAGAUGAAUGCACCUCUUAUUUAUUAUUUGGAAACUACAUUUACUGCAGCUGGCAGAGGCAGAGAUUUUUUCUAUUGAUACACGAAUUUACAGAAUCAUUUUAAAUUUUAAUAGGGGAAGACUGCAGGAGGGAGCGGUAAAAUACAGGGGGUCCCCAGCAAAAACAAGAAACGUUACGAGCCUGAUGAAACCCGCUGGUUUUCAAUCAGGCAGUCACGGGGCAGCUCCAACGACCCAGUGGCUGUGCUGGGUCAAUGUUAUCGAGCUCAGUCCGGCUCGGCCGUGAACGAGCUGAGGCGACGUCGUGCUCUGCUUGAAGAGGUGUUAUUUUCCCGCUUCAGAGGAAGCAUUCAACAUGUUUUUACGCUUUCUCCGAGACAUGUCACGUCGCUAAGUUGUUAGCGCCGCGCGCUAACACGUCAAUCGUGCAGCGUAGCCUGCUGGAGGUUUUAAGGGUUCAGAUGAAACACCCGACCUCUCAGGCUGCUCACACAUCGAUCUUAAGUUGUCGCUGUUGCACUCACGCCGUAAUACAGUAUUAGAUGCGGUUAAAGUCAGACAUGAAAAAAUAAAUAAAUUUUACAUGAAUAAGUGAUGCUUAUCCUGGUGGGGAGAGGAAACCCUGUCAAGAUCGUCAACACUCGUUUAUCUUAAUGCUAUUGAAACAUGUAAACCAAAAAGCAUUAUAUCCACUGCUACCUUUAUGCUGUAACUUCACCCUGCCCUGCCUGCUCCUCCUUGCUGCCUGCCGGCUGUGAUCACAAGUAACAACAUAGUAGUUCCCGCUGCUUCCUCGUGAAACGGCUCAAACAAUAUAAAAAUCAAAACUUGGGAUCUUGUAGGCGUGGCGGUGGGAUUUCAGCCGUGGCGGCCCUAUGUAAGGGAAACCCUGGUGUAGUUAUUAUGUAAAGCAGUAUAUACUAGGAAUGAUUAAUAAAAAUAAAAACUAGAAUUGAACCUGAGUUACAUGGUAAUAACAAUUUAAGAACUCUGAAACAAUAAUACAGUAACUUACUAAUUAAUUACCAUGUAAGUACGAAGUAGAUGACUCUAAAAGAAAGCGCUACCAAUAAUAUUACUUAAUAUGCUUUUAUGUUUGUGUGCCAUGUUCUGUGUCAAUAUUCUUUGAUUUUAUUUUACACAACAUGAUGUGACAUUUUAACUAUUUCAUUUCACUUGUGAUUGUUUUAACUAUGUGAAGCACAUUGGGCUACCGUUUUGUGUAUGAAAUGGGCUAUAUAAUAAACUUGACUUGAGAGAGA